UCAGUUACGCUCAUACUGAAAUCCGAAAUAGCACGUGCGGUUUUUGUAUUUUGAUUUUGAUUUUGGGUGAUAUAUACUGGCAUGGAUAUUUUUUCCAAUUGUCCGGGCUUUUGCCCCUCCUGCGGCUCCAUUCUGCCCGAGCUUCAAGUCAAGGGCAAUGUGAUUUGCUACAACUGCAAGAAGGAGUUUCAGCCAGAUGUUUACAGCGGCGAGAAGUCCGAGUUUACCAUACACUUCAACACCUACGAUCCCAGCAAGGUGUUCAACAGGACGAAAAGGGAGUCGGAAUCGGACGCGGAUGGCCCCGUUGUGGAGAGGAAGUGUCCCAAGUGCAACCACGACAAGAUGUCCUAUGCCACCCUGCAGCUUCGAUCGGCGGACGAAGGCCAGACGGUGUUCUUUACCUGCCUUAAGUGCAAAUUCAAAGAAUCCGAAAACUCUUAGUUGCUAGCAAUGUCCGUGUAAAUAGUCCUAGAUUAAUGAAAAUAAUCAUGCUCGACGGCCUGAGAAAUAUAGAAUUUACCAAUUAU